AUGAAUUCAAAAGAUUUAAUUUUUAAUGCAUUAGAUAUAUCAACUUCUAGCUUAUUUUUCAAUGACAAAGAAACGCAAACUAGCAUAGUCCACCUCAUAAAUACAGUUCCAUCCAUCAGAUCUACUUCGAGACCUGCCCCUGAAAAUAUUGACACAUCAGGUAAAAAUGACAAUGUACAGAAAUUUGAAUUUUGCGAAAUUAUUCAAGAUCCAGAUGAUUCAGAUUCUAUCACAAUAAUAAAGGAAACGUUCACUGAAGAAGUACUUACAACCUCUGAUCGCUCAUUUUUCAAAACACCCUCCCAAAAUAAAUUUAAAUAUUGCAAAGAAGUUAUACAACCUUAUAAUAAGACUUAUCCAAAUCACUGUCCUUCGUUUCCUAAAGAUAAAUGCUGCAAACCUAAAGUCGAUCCACCAUCUGAAUAUCCAUCGACCGAAGAGCCUAUUGAACCUACAAUGCCAACCACUGAAGAAAUCAAUACAAUAAAUAUAAAAGAUAUAAGCAACGAGACCAUGGCUGGUAAUAAAAGUAAAGCCACAUUUAUUAAUCCUGAAAUAUCACCCUGUGAUGAAUGUAGAAAGAAGAAAGAGCAGAGUAAUUCAUCUUGUUGUUCUAUAAGUAGCAUUAAAAACGCAGACUUGCCUUGUGAACCACCAAAGCCCAUAGAACAAGAGUGCAAGAAAAUCGAUGAUUGUAAAUUAAAGAGUUGUAUUUCAAAUUGUAUUAGUGAAAGUUUAAAUUUAGCUAAAAAAGGUAGUGCAGCUUGCAUCGAGAAAUUUGAGAAAGUUAUUGGCAUUAAACAACCAAAAGAAUGCAAUGAAAAACCAACUUACUACGUUAUGAAAAAGCCCAAGAGCAACGAGCCUUCUUCCACUGAAUUAUGCCCAAAAAGUAGUCUUGAUAGUCUAUUAGAAGCACAAAGUAAAGCAGUAGCUACAAUAAAAAGCGCAUUUAAAGAUUUUGUUGGAACAGUAUAUAAUAAAACAAAAGAUUGUGUAAAUUUAAUAAAAACCGAAAGUUGCAAACAUUUACCUAGAUGUGACGAUUCACCACCUGUAAAAGAUUGUAAGAGUCAGAGUAAAACUAAAGUUUGUAAUAAUAUCUCUUCAGCAACAAACACUCAUACUUUAUUAGAAAGAAUAAGUGGCCAAACAAGUAAAACAGAAGAAAAUCCUGAAAACAAUAGUAUUAAAGCUUUAAUUGAGCCGGCAAAAGAAGUUCUCGAAAAUGUAGCAUCAACGGUGGCAUCAACUAUAUCAAUACUAAAAAACAGUAGCUUUGAACAAAUUGCAGAUAAUAUAAUAAAUUCCAAAUUUAACAAGAGCUCGCCUCACGAUGAGCCCAAAAUCACCAAAACCCCACCAAAACCAGCAUCCCAAGAUCACGAACCGAGUACAAACUCAAUGUUUGCUUUGAUAAAAACUAAGUUGCUCUCGAUGUUUAUUAACCAGAAUACCUGUGACGACAACGAGGACAGUGAGAAGGAUAACGAACAUUGUGCAGAGAAGCUUUUUGAAAAAUAUUGUGAUCAA